ACCCCUCACUCGGCCAUUUCAGCCAUUGAACAGAAAUAUAUCUCUAUAUCUAGUUUUUUGAUACUUCUACUCUGUCAGCAUGUCUGCCUCCGAACAAACUUUCAUUGCUAUCAAGCCCGACGGUGUCCAGCGCGGGCUCGUCGGUCCCAUCAUUAGUCGCUUCGAGAGCCGGGGGUACAAACUUGCUGCCAUCAAGCUCGUCACCCCUUCGAAGGAACACCUCGAGAAGCACUAUGAGGAUCUCUCUAGCAAACCUUUCUUCAAAGGCCUUGUUACCUAUAUGCUGAGCGGACCUAUCUGCGCCAUGGUCUGGGAGGGCCGCGAUGCCGUCAAGACAGGUCGUGCCAUCCUUGGUGCCACUAACCCCCUCGCAUCUGCCCCCGGCACCAUCCGCGGUGACUUCGCCAUUGACGUCGGUCGCAACGUCUGCCACGGCUCUGACAGUGUCGAGAACGCAAAGAAGGAAAUCGCACUGUGGUUCAAACCUGAGGAACUCGUUCAGUACCAGCAAAGCCAGGCCAACUGGAUCUAUGAGUAGAGCUAUCACUUAGCGCACCACGCCCUAGUAUGACAUAAGUUAAUGACAAUAAGGAAAAGUAAUUCGGAAGAAUAUCGAGAUCUGAAGAAAAAAGAAAAAAAUCUUACUGUUUGUUGAUAUUUCACAACACGAGCAUCCCUCAUACAUAUCCAUUCACAAAUGUAUAUACAUGUCACGUCACAGCCAUAAUCAAGUCCAUUAAUAGAAAAUAGAAUAUAGGUCUAAGUCUUUCUACCAAACACCAU